AAUAACAAGCAUCUAAAAGAUGGCAACAUCUUUUUCUUCAUUCCAUGCUCUUCCUCUAAUAAUCCUCUUCUUUUCUCUCUUUCUUUACCAAUCCUUCUGCCAACAGUCGUAUUUAGGAAACGAGACGAGUUGUUCUAUCAACAACAAUUCAGGACCAAAAGAAUACCUAUGCACCGAUUCUAUUUACUCAUGUGAUUCUUAUUUCGCCUUCAGAUAUGAACUUCACUUUGGUAACUUCUAUUACUUCAACAUAACAUUAGGAGACAACAAUUUGUCCAUUGCUAAGGUAUUAUGUUCAUGUCUGGGUUCUUCCUAUCAAUAUAACAUGCUCUACACUAUUAAAAGUGGUGAUAGUUAUGAAAAGAUAGCGCAUGAUGUUUUUCAAGGCUUGACGAGUUGUUCGGCGUUGAAAAAUAAGAACCACGACUAUCCCCUUGUCAAUACUGCUGCGAUAGGCAGAAGGCUCGAAGUUCCAAUACGAUGUGCUUGCCCUACCAAAGCUCAGAUUGCUAGCAGGGUUCAUUCUUUGAUUGUGUAUACGCUACAACUAAACGAGACCAUUGGAUCCGUGGCGAGGGCUUUUGGGGUUGAGGAGAAAAGCGUGUUGGAAGCGAAUAUGCUUUCAAAUUGGAGCCACAUAUAUCCAUUUACGCCUAUUUUGGUUCCAUUGGGUAAAGAUGACACUUGCAGAAUAUACCCUUACUCAUUGGAUUGCAGAGACAUGUCUUCUUCUUUUUCAGACAUUUUCUCGUACAUUUUCCUGAACUUAGUCCUCAUUCCAAUAGCUGGUCUGAUUGGAUUAGCAUGUUGUUUCUGUUGCGGAUGCAAAGGGAAUCAACUACUCUUGAAGAAAAGAAGGCGCAAACUUUAUAAGAAAAAGUUUUUCAAACAAAAUGGUGGCCACUUAUUGCAGCAAAAACUACUUGAAGACAGUGAGAGAGUGAAAAUAUAUACCCAAGAAGAACUUGAACAGGCAACAGAUAACUACAACGACAGUAGAUUUCUGGGUCAAGGAGGGUAUGGCACAGUUUACAAAGGGAUUCUCCAUGACAACACUGUUGUUGCAAUCAAAAGGUCAAAGCAAAUCGACACAAGCUGGAUUGAACAGUUCAUUAAUGAAGUUAUUAUCCUAUCUCAAAUUAAUCACCGAAACAUUGUUAAGCUUCUAGGUUGUUGUUUAGAAACUGAGUUUCCUUUGCUGGUUUAUGAAUUUGUUUAUAACGGGACGCUUUCGCACCAUAUUCACAAGGAAAAUUAUGAAGAAUCACCUCCUCUUUCAUGGGAAACUCGUCUUCGAAUCGCUUCUGAAGUUUCCGGAGCUAUGUCUUACAUGCAUUCUGCCGCUUCAAUUCCUAUCUAUCACAGAGAUAUCAAAUCUUUAAACAUACUUUUGGAUGAAAACUAUAGUGCUAAAGUUUCUGAUUUUGGAACAUCCAGAUUUGUGUCAUGUGAUCAAUCACAUUUAACUACAAAAGUGUUGGGAACUUUUGGAUAUAUAGAUCCAGAGUAUUUCCGAUCAAGUCAAUACACUGAAAAGAGUGACGUAUAUAGUUUUGGAGUCUUGAUGGUGGAACUUUUAACGGGGAAGCUACCAGUUACUUUUGCAAGAGAUGAUGGUAGAAAUUUGUUAGACUAUUUCAUUUCACUGGAAAAGGCUAAUCAGCUUGUUGAAAUUUUAGAUAUUAUAGUAGCCGCAGAAGAAAGCAUGGACGUUGUUAACAGUGUUGCUACACUUGCCACAAAAUGUUUAAGAUCAAAUGGGAAGGAAAGACCAACGAUGAAACAAGUAUAUUUGGAACUAGAAGGAUUAAGAAAGUCUCGAGAUUGUCCAGAUAUUAGUGAGGACGUUCAAUCAAUUGGAACGUCUUCAUCAUUCUCUCUAGAGGUUGGGGAUGACGACCUUACGGAUGAUAGCAUCAUCGUAUCCAUUGAAACUAUGACACCCAUCACUAUAUAGCCAUUGAAUUUUAUGUUUUCAUGUGCAUGGUAUCUCUGAAUAUUCAUGAAAGACUCCGAGUCCUUCUUUUUGUGUGUAUUUAUUUGUAAUUAUACUUGGGUCGUGGUUCUUAAAUAUUAGAUUAUGUUAUUU